AUGUCAAUCAGCCAAGCUGACGCUGAUGAAGAAUGUCUAGUUAUUCCUGCAAUAACUAAAAAUUAUUCAGAAGUAAAAAAUACGGAUGGAUUAUCAGUGGAAUUAAACAAUACACCGCCCAACACAAACUCUUUUUCUCAACCCCUACGUUCCACUUUAAAAACAAAAUCGAAGUUCGAAUCCGAAAAAAUCAGACAAAGUGAUUUUAACAACUCAGAAAUAAAUAAUAAACUUUACACAAUAACUACCAGAGGACAAAAAAAUCUUGAUAGCUCAAUACAUAAGAUUUGUAAAUUAGACCCCAUGGAGAAAAACGGUGCUAUGAAAAGUCAAUUCCCAACCCCUAAAAAUGACACGGAAGUAUGUGAUUCGGACCAAACCACGCCAUGUGGAUCUAAAGAGCAUUUAAAGAGGCCUUCUAUACAACAGUUAAGAAAGUACUCAGUCGUGGAUCCGAAUACUCUUAAAUUUGUAGAAGAUCCAUCAAGAAAAUCGGGUGAUUAUGGAAUAUGCAGUGCCAUUUUGAUUAUAAUUUCAUACUUAUUCAUUAUUAUUACAUUUCCUUUCUCGCUAUUUUUCUGUAUUAAAGUUGUAGCUGAAUAUGAAAGAGCAGUUAUAUUUCGAUUAGGUAGAAUUUUACCUAAAGGUGCUCGUGGACCAGGACUUUUCUUUAUUGCACCAUGUAUUGAUUCGAUUCGUAAAGUUGAUUUACGAACUGUAACAUUUGAUGUUCCACCUCAAGAAGUUCUUACGAAAGAUUCAGUUACAGUAGCUGUAGACGCUGUAGUUUAUUAUCGUAUAUACAAUCCUGUAGUAGCCAUAACCAAUGUUGAAGAUGCUGACCGAUCAACACGCCUACUAGCAGCGACUACAUUAAGAAAUGUUUUAGGUACAAAGAAUUUAGCUGAGAUUUUAUCUGAACGUGAAUCGAUUUCAACGUCUAUGCAGACAAUGCUUGAUGAUGCAACUGAUCCAUGGGGCGUUAAAGUAGAACGUGUUGAAGUAAAAGAUGUACGUCUACCUGUACAACUUCAAAGAGCUAUGGCCGCUGAAGCUGAAGCUACAAGAGAAGCACGUGCUAAGGUUAUUGCUGCUGAAGGUGAAGAAAAAUCAUCAGUUGCAUUAAAACAAGCUGCUGAUGUUAUUAAAACAUCACCAUUUGCAUUACAAUUACGUUAUUUACAAACAUUAAGUGCAAUUUCAGCUGAAAAAAAUUCUACUAUAAUAUUUCCUUUACCAAUUGAUAUGUUAGUUAAUUUAUUUCAUCGAUAA